CCAAAGAAAAGAGGAAGAGGUAAUAUCUCAUUUUUCUGAAAUUUUGUAGCAAUUUUGAACAGCAGCUUGAAGCCUUAAAUUCAACCAUGUUUUAGUGAUAUAUUAAUCUUCUCAUUGCAGAUUUGAAAAAGUAUUUUGAAGUGCUUGGUAGUGGCAGCAGCUCACAAACAAAUCCAAGCACCCGCGAAAGUGUCAAUAUUUCAGCAAAUGUCAAUCAUCAAGAUCAAGUGACUUCCAUGGAAGAAGAGCAUGAAAAUUUGAUGCCAACCGAACAAGUGGAAGAACAAACUACCGAUUCCGUCGAAGCUAUAGUGGAAGAGAAUGUUGAAGUUCACGGGGUUGAAGGUAUAACUAUUUUUAGUGAAGAUUACAUAAAUGGUGAUCCAGGCCUUCGCAUUCCACUUGAUAGUUUUGCCCCCAACAUUAGAGAUGAUGUUAGAUUUGCUUAUAUCCGAAUGGGUGCAACUCAACCAACUAGUUGCACUUUCCUCCCAAAUAGAGAUGGAAGAUGCUUCCGGCCACAAUGGUAUAAGGAUUUUGAGUGGUUGGAAUAUAGUGUGGAUAAGCAUAAGGCAUAUUGCUUCUAUAGUUAUCUUUUUAAGCAUGACCGAAUGGAUGAUAAAUUUGGGCAUGAUGUUUUCUCCAAAUUGGGUUUUGACUGUUGGAAAAAUGCGGUUGCAGCAUUCCGUAAACAUGUUGGUGGGCCAUGUAGCAUCCACAAUAUUUCAAAAACAGCAUGUGAUGAUUUUAAAAAUCAAAGGGCAAGUGUGAAAAGUAAAGUUACAACUUACAGCAAAGGUUCACUAGUCAAGUAUGAAACUCGUGUGGAUACAUCUUUGGCCAUUGUAAGUUAUCUAGCAUUGCAAGGUGAACCAUUUCGUGGACACGAUGAAUCCACUUCUUCUUUGAACAAGGAGAAUUUUUUGGAGCUACUUGAUUGGGUGAAAGAAAGAAUUCCAGAAGUGAAGGUUGCAUUUGAUGAGCUAUGCCCUAAGAAUGCCCAAAUGACUUCCGGAAAAAUUCAAAAAAUCCUUGUUUCUCAUUGUGCAAAUGCGGUCACCAAAGCAAUCAAAGAAGAGAUGGGUGAUUGUCUUUUCUCCGUUCUUAUUGAUGAGUGCCGUGAUAUAUCGGUGAAAGAACAAAUGGCCGUGGUUAUUAGGUACUUGAGCAAACAAGGAGAGACUAUUGAACGUUUUUUAGGUAUUAAGCAUGUCCCGGACACAACAUCUUCUUCUUUAAAGAAGGCAUUGUUGGAGGUUUUUGCUAAACACGGUCUAGUUGUUGCACGACUACGAGGGCAAGGGUAUGAUGGGGAAUCUAAUAUGAGAGGAGAAUUCAAUGGCCUUCAGAAGUUAAUUCGAGAUGAGAACCCAUAUGCUUUCUAUAUCCAUUGCUUUGCCCACCAACUGCAGUUGGUAGUUGUUGCUGUUUCGAGAUGCUGCAAGGGUGUUGAGGAUUUUUUGAAUAUGUGACCAUGAUAUCUAAUCUCAGUACGUCAUCUUGCAAGAGGAAGGAUAAAUUGCUUGACAAGCAAAAACAGGUUCUUUUGGAUAAGAUUAGGGGAGGUGAGAUGCCCACAGGAAGAGGCAAAAAUCAAGAAACAUCCUUGGUCAUACCUGGAGAUACAAGAUGGGGCUCUCAUUACACAACCUUAUCUCGCAUUGAAUCAAUGUGGGAUGCAGUCAUAGAAGUUUUGGGCAUUGUUGAGGAUGAUGUGCGUGUUCCAUGUAGAGCAGGAGGUUUGGUUCAUCAAAUGGAGACUUUUAGCUUUGUGUUCAUCCUGAAGAUGAUGCUAAAGAUCCUUCGUAUGACAAAUGAUUUGUCUCUUCUAUUGCAAAAGAAGGAUCAAAAUGUUGUUCAGGCAAUGUCAUUGGUUACGGAUGUGAGAACACGUUUGAUCAAUUGGAGAAAUGAUGGUUGGGAGCCACUCUUGGAAGAUGUCAAAGCCUUUUGCACCAAAAACGACAUUCCAAUACCAAAUAUGGAUGACAUGUUUACAAAGUGGGGAAAAUCAAGAAAAGGUGGAUGAAACAAUGUCACAGCUGAUCAUUUUUUUCAUGUGGACACCUUCUAUGCUGCCAUAGACUCCAUCACCACAGAGUUUGAUCAUCGUUUCAAUGAGGUAUCUUUAGAGCUGCUCCAGAACUUCUCUUGUCUUGACCCAAGAAACUCCUUUUCUAGGUUCAAUGUGAAUAUGCUUGCUAGACUCACGGAGAUUUAUUGUGAGGAUUUCUCAGAUUAUGAACGUGAACAUAUAGUUGAUAACCUCGAGCUAUUCAUUAUCCAUAUGAGAAGAAUUGAAGAAUUUAGAGCUUGUCAUGAUAUUGCAAGCCUAGCUAAAAAGAUGGUUGAACUUGAAAGGCAUGUCAUGUUUCCUGCUGUUUAUCGCCUCAUUGAGUUGGCAUUGCUACUAUCGGUAGCGACGGCAACAGUUGAAAGAGCCUUCUCAUCAAUGAAAAUCAUCAAGACUGAGUUGCGCAGCAAGAUGUCUGAUGGCUGGCUUAAUGACUUGAUGGUGUGUUACAUUGAGCGAGCGAUCUUCAAAAGUAUUGAUCUUGAUAAAAUUAAGGAAGAUUUUCAGAAGGAAGGUAGGGCACUGCCAUUGCCUGGGUCUUCUACACGCCAUUAAAAGCUUCAUUAUCGGUAUGUUUUAGGUUGUUUCCUAUUGAGACAUGUCUACAUUUCCAUUGUAUUUGGUUAUUCGUUCGUAGUGUGUAUUGUUAGUCAGUGUUGUUACUUGUUAGUGUGU